UCAGUACAGCUUCAGACGACGGCCUGUCGAGAAGAAGAGGAAGAAAAAGAAGAAGAAGAAGAAACAGCUGAAGCACCAGCUGAAGAUGAGGCUCCUCGUUGCCGCUCCGCUCGUGCUGCUGUUCGCGGCGUGCGCCUACUGUACCGACGCGAUCGAGACGAACGAGAUCGAAGACGAGGGCGACGACGACAAAGUUCGUGCGGACACGCGCAAGGAACACGAACUGCCGAUCGCCGAGGUCUUCGAGAACGCGGUCCAGGCGUACCUCGAGGAUGACUGGCGCGGCUGUCUCAUGGGCUUCAACGAGGCCCUGUACAGGUACAGGAGGUACAAACGCAUGAUAACGAUAUGCCGACAAAAGUGCAAAACGGAGGCGGCGGGCUCCUCGCCGAUCGUCGCCGAGGACAUCGAAGAUCUGCAUUUCUAUGAGAAGAAAGUACGGGAGACACUUUGCUUGAUGAAAUGCAAUCAGGAUUAUCGAGAGAUCGCGGGUGCGGGGGCGCUCAAGCGACUCCCACGCAAGACGGAGAAAAAAUUUGUCGAAUACGCCGCUUACGAGUAUCUUCACAUCUGCUAUUUCAAGAAAGAGAAAUAUCAAGACGCGGCGAACGCGGCCUUCACCUUCCUGAUCUAUCAUCCAGAUCAUGAAAUGACGAGGAGGAAUCUUAGGUACUAUCUGACUUUGCCUGGCGUAGUCGAAGAGAAGAUUGUGAAUCUGGAGGCGGCCCCUUUCAUCCAGAUGUACGUCCGAGGAGUUCAAGCAUACGAGGAUGAGAAUUAUAAGGAGGCCGUGGGCGAGUUUGAGAGCUCCCUCGGAUCUUACAUGGAAUCCGAGGAGGAAUGCAGGAUUUAUUGCGAGGGCCCGUUCGACCAAGGAUGGUAUCCUGAAUUCACGUCGUCGGUAGCGAAUCAUUUUACAUUCUGUCUAAAGUGCAAGCGUGAAUGUUCGCUCAACUUGAACAGCGUGAAUGGCGAAUAUCGGAAUAAUUUGCUCAGCAGUCAUUACAAUUACUUGCAAUUUGCUUAUUACAAGUUGGGCAAUAUGAAAGCAGCCUGCGCAGCGGUUGCGAGUUAUUUGUUAUUUUUACCUGCGGAUGAGACAAUGCUUCAUAAUAAGGAUUACUAUAGUGCCCAGCCGAAAGUGACGGAUGAUUACUUUACGCCAAGACAAGAGGCACUUGCUUACGUGAAGAGGCAAGAAUAUGAGUUGAUGCUGUUGCAUUACAUAUCGGAGGAAUUUGCAGUGAUCGACGCCAGGUUUGACGCAUUUAUCAAGAAGAAUAGCACAAAGAAGAGUAGUAAAAAGAAAGAGAAAGGGAAAGAAUUCGGGAAGAACUCUUUCGCCAGAUCGAUCUUGCACCCUCCUCCGGGACAUUCUCCAUCCACCCGGAUGCAAUACCUGGGAAACUUAUCGGUGAUCCGAGACAAAGAGGAAGAAAGAGAGACGCGAAGAGACCGAAUCGUAGUAAAAGAUGACGUACGAUUAAUAGCGGCGGAGAACGAGCUGGGUGGAAUGAAUCGCUAUGUUGCCGACAGUUUUCUCAAUUCAACCGAAUGUGAUUUGCUUACGCAAUUGGCUCAGAUUGCCGUGGAAGGAGACGGCUACGAGGAGAACAAGAGUCCGCAUUCACCUUAUGAGCGCUUCGAAGGUGUAACUGUCGGCAGAGUUGCUUUGAUGGUGUACCUCGGUCUGACGAAACCGGAACUGCUGGAGCUGUUCUUGCAAAGCACGGAAGCAGCUCGCGAUCACGUGGAAAGGUAUUUCGACCUUGAUCAACAACUGUAUUUCACCUACACCCAUUUGGUCUGCCGAACGGCAUUACCCGAUGCGCCGGCGAAUCGAGUCGACCUGAGCCACGAGAUACACGCCGACAAUUGCCUGAUAAAAAACGGGAGCUCCUGCGUGCGAGAGAAUCCUGCAUACACAUGGCGAGAUUACUCGGCGAUUCUGUAUCUCAACGAUGACUUCGAUGGCGGCGAAUUCUUCUUCGUCGAUGAUCGGAAGGAACGUCGAGUUCAAGGCAUUGUGCAUCCCCGAUGUGGACGUAUGGUGGCUUUCUCUGCCGGCGGUGAGAAUCUUCACGGUGUUCGGGCCGUACGUAGCGGCAGGAGAUGCGCCGUAGCGUUGUGGUUUACUCAGGACGACAAAUACUUGGAGUACGAGAGAGUGGUGGCGGAUACUAUGCUGAAGCGAGUUCGCUUAUUUGGUGCAGUCCCACGGGAAGGUACUCAUCAAGCACCUCUCAGGUACGAGGACAUGCUGAUCCAAUGCUUCAAGGAAGACGAGAUGUUGAGGCAUAUACUGAGAGAAUCUUCAUGAGGAAGAAGCGAAGACGAUAAUAUCGAUUGCGCAAGUUUUCACGAGACGUAGGUGCUAUUUUUGUUUCGCUCUCCCGACGAAUGGCUGGUCCAUUGAGCCGGAAAUCCGUGAGAAUUUUUCACAGAUUAUUUAUAAUGCGAAAAUAAGUUACACGAUAAGGUCGAUAACGUUUGAUACGUACACUUCGUCGAGUCAACUAGUAUUUAAUCGUAGAACGUACCAAUGAAAUCUCGCGAAAACUUACACAAUAAUUAAACGAUACACGCUAAUGAUGGAAUGCUGCGAUCAUCGCAGUCGCGGUUUAUAGAAAAUAUUCUAAAUCUUUAUUAGAACAUGGACAUUACAUGUCAACAGGUUUACAUAAUCACGCUAUGCAUCGCGCAAUACGUGUAUGUGUAUGUGUGUGUGUGUAUGUGUUUUGUGUAGUGUAUAUCUGUAU